UUUUACUGUGUAUAACAAAAUUUUAAUAACAUGGCACAAUUAAAGGACCUUAGUGAAAGAACAAUUCAAAGAACUGUUAUUGUUUAUUUGCCGUGCAAUAUGGUUUGGAGGGGGCAUCAGGCUGCUUUUGUCACGCAGACCAGGCCUGAGUGGGUCGUUAUAAAUUUUACCCUGUUGAAACAGUGAUGAAGCCCCUUCGAGAUUAGACUUUUUCAGAAUUAUAAUUACAUGAGUCCAGUUGCCUUUUCUUGAUGCUAGUCAUCAACCUGUCAAACAACCUUACUAACAGAAAAUCUUCAUAGAUUUGGAUUAGAGCACAAUUGCGAUGUUUUCUUCAUUCGAGGGUUCUGAAACGUAGGGAAUCACGUGACACUUUCGUCAAUCUCCAGUUAUCGUUCGGGCGCGCAGUGCUUUCUGGAGAAUUUCAUGUUAGAGCACCACUAACGUUUCUUUAAUCAACCGCCUGACUCUAACGCUAACGUGGAGGUUGCACGCGCCGUCGCGUCUGUUCAAACGGCGCUCACGGCUAGGAUGCUAAUACAUUUAGGUUUCUUGUAUUUCGCCGUGCUUUAUCCCUGCGUGACGCCAGAAAACAAACUGCGGCUUAUCGCUUAUUAAUCGUGGUGUUCUCUCUCUCGAAGAAGAAGGAAAUGUAAGGAACCCACCAAGCGCUGGUAUUUCGUGCGCGAAAAUGCAGAAGGCAAUGCGACUCAAUGAUGGCCACAUCACCUACCUAGGUCUUUUGGCAAAAAAGGACGGCACGAGGCGGGGAUGCCUAAGUAAGAAGAGCUCAGACAACACGAAAUGGCACACGAAGUGGUUUACGCUGCUCCAAAACAUGCUGUUUUAUUUCGAGAGUGAGUCGAGCUCGCGGCCCUCGGGAUUGUACCUGUUGGAGGGCUGCGUGUGCGACCGGUCGCCAUCGCCUAAGCCAUCGCUCUCCGCCAAGGAGUGCUUAGAAAAACAGUAUUAUUUCACAAUCAGCUUCAACCAUGAAAAUCAGAAAGCUCUUGAGCUUCGCACUGAAGAUGUGAAGGACUGCGAUGAAUGGGUAGCAGCAAUAACACAUGCCAGCUACAGAAACCUGGCCACAGAGCAUGAGACUUUAAUGCAGAAGUAUCUCCAUCUGCUUCAAAUCGUGGAGACAGAGAAAACAGUUGCAAAGCAACUUCGACAACAGAUAGAAGAUGGGGAGAUUGAAAUUGAGCGCUUAAAAUCCGAGAUUGCUGGACUGCUUAAAGACAACGAGAAGAUCCAGUCAAACCCCACCAUUGCCCCCAGCGAAGAUGACUCUGAAAUUAAGAAAAUCAAGAAGGUACAGAGUUUCUUGCGUGGUUGGAUGUGUCGGAGGAAAUGGAAGACCAUUAUCCAGGAUUACAUUCGCUCACCGCAUGCCGAAAGCAUGAGGAAGAGAAACCAGGUGGUAUUUAGCAUGCUGGAAGCCGAGGCUGAGUAUGUCCAACAGCUCCACAUACUUGUGAACAAUUUCCUUCGACCACUCCGUAUGGCUGCCAGUUCCAAGAAGCCACCCAUCACUCAUGAUGACGUCAGCAGCAUUUUUCUCAACAGUGAAACCAUCAUGUUUUUACACCAGAUAUUCUAUCAAGGCCUGAAAGCACGUAUAGCAAGCUGGCCAACAUUAGUCUUGGCUGACCUCUUUGACAUUCUCCUGCCCAUGCUGAACAUCUACCAGGAGUUUGUUCGUAAUCACCAGUACAGCCUGCAGAUCCUGGCACACUGCAAACAGAACCGUGAUUUUGACAAGCUGCUGAAGCAGUAUGAGUCCAAGCCUGACUGUGAGGAGCGCACUCUGGAGACCUUUCUCACAUAUCCCAUGUUCCAGAUACCCCGCUACAUUUUGACUCUCCAUGAGCUGUUGGCACACACGCCUCAUGAACAUGUGGAGAGGAAUAGUUUGGAAUAUGCUAAGUCCAAGCUGGAGGAGCUUUCCAGAAUCAUGCACGAUGAAGUAAGUGAAACAGAGAACAUCAGGAAGAACCUGGCCAUUGAGCGUAUGAUCGUGGAGGGCUGUGAGAUUCUCCUGGAUACUAGCCAGACUUUUGUCAGACAAGGAUCACUUAUCCAGGUGCCCAUGAGUGAGAAAGGGAAGAUCACCCGUGGCCGUUUGGGCUCCUUGUCUCUGAAGAAAGAGGGUGAGAGACAGUGUUUUCUUUUCUCUAAACACCUCAUCAUCUGUACAAGAGGCUCUGGGGGGAAGCUGCACCUUACCAAGAAUGGAGUAAUUUCGCUUAUUGACUGCACAUUGAUCGAGGACCCCGAAAGCACGGAUGAUGAGCCAAAAUCAGACAAGAACAGCCAAGAUAUGGAGCACCUGGACUUUAAAAUAGUGGUGGAGCCUAAAGACAGCCAGGCCUUCACUAUCAUCCUAGUUGCCUCCUCAAGGCAAGAGAAGUCAGCCUGGACCAGUGACAUAAGCCAGUGCAUUGACAACAUUCGUUGCAAUGGCCUUAUGAUGAAUGCUUUUGAGGACAACUCAAAAGUCACUGUGCCACAGAUGAUCAAAUCUGAUGCCAGUCUUUACUGCGAUGAUGUGGACAUCCGCUUCAGUAAGAUGAUGAACUCAUGCAAAGUGUUGCAGAUCCGCUAUGCCAGUGUGGAGCGGUUAUUGGAGCGGCUGACUGACCUGCGCUUCCUGUCUAUUGACUUUCUCAACACCUUUUUGCACUCAUACCGCGUCUUUACCACUGCAGAUGUUGUACUCGACAAGCUCAUUGCCAUCUACAAGAGGCCCAUCAGUGCCAUCCCAGCUCGCUCUUUAGAGCUGUUCUUCGCCAGCAGCCAGAAUACUAAGCUGAUAUAUGGUGAACCACCCAAGUCACCCCGUGCCAGCCGUAAGUUCUCCUCACCUCCUCCACUGGCCCUUGGCAAGACUUCUUCUCCAAACAGGCGCCGCAAGCUCUCACUCAACAUUCCCAUCAUCACAGGUGGCAAGGCACUGGACCUUGCUGCACUUACUUGUUCCUCCAAUGGAUAUGCCAGCAUGUACUCAGCCAUUACACCUUUCAGCAAGACCACACUGGAUAUCAACAAACUCUAUGUGUCCAGCCCUAUCACCAGCAAGAUCAGUGAUGAGGCUGAGGGCAGAUCUGAGCGUGCAGAGGAGCAACAAGAUAUUUCAGUGAGGGAGGAAAGUGACAGCGAGCAGGUCCAGAGUGAUGAGGCAGAUGCAGAGUCUUCACCCACAAAAUCACCUACAACGCCAAAAACUGUCAAAUGCAAAACCUCUUCAGAUUUCUCUCUGUUCUCAUACAAUAAUGGCAUGAUGAUGUCAUCUUGCCGAGAAAUAGACAACAACCGCAGUGCACUUUCGGCAGCAUCUGCUUUUGCUAUUGCCACAGCUGGUGCCAAUGAGGGCACGCCAACCAAGGAGAAGUACCGCCGCAUGUCGCUGGCUAGUACAGGAUUCCCCACAGACCAGAGGAAUGGAGAUAAGGAGUUUGUAAUUCGCCGUGCAGCAACUAACCGAGUACUUAAUGUCCUGAGGCACUGGGUGUCCAAACAUUCACAGGACUUUGAGACCAACACAGAAUUAAAAAUGAAUGUGAUCUGCUUCUUGGAGGAAGUUAUGCAUGACCCUGAGCUGCUCACUCAGGAAAGAAAAGCAGCGGCCAACAUCAUAAGGACGCUUACACAGGAGGACCCUGGUGACAAUCAGAUUGCUUUGGAAGAUGUGCUACAGAUGGCUGUUGGUGGGAAGGCAGAACCCUUUGAAAACCACUCAGCUUUGGAGAUUGCAGAGCAACUCACUCUGCUGGACCACCUGGUUUUCAAAGUCAUCCCAUAUGAGGAGUUCUUUGGUCAAGGCUGGAUGAAGAAUGACAAAAAUGAAAAGACACCCUACAUCAUGACAACGACAAAGCACUUCAAUGAUGUAAGCAACUUGAUUGCAUCGGAGAUCCUGCGCUGCGAAGACGUGAACACACGGGUGGCCGUGAUGGAGAAGUGGGUGGCAGUAGCUGACAUCUGCCGCUGUCUCCAUAACUAUAACGCUGUGCUGGAGGUAACCUCAUCCCUCAACCGCAGCGCCAUUUUCCGCCUCAAGAAGACCUGGCUCAAAGUUUCAAAACAGACGAAAACAGUUAUUGACAAGCUGCAGAAGUUGGUCUCAUCUGAGGGAAGGUUCAAGAACCUAAGAGAAGCCUUAAAAAAUUGUGACCCUCCAUGUGUGCCAUACUUGGGGAUGUACCUCACAGACCUGGCAUUCAUUGAGGAGGGUACACCAAACUACACAGAAGACAACCUGGUUAACUUUUCCAAGAUGAGAAUGAUCUCCCAUAUCAUCAGAGAAAUACGUCAAUUUCAGCAAACAUCAUACAAGAUUGAUCAUCAGCCAAAGGCAGCCCAGUAUUUGCUAGACAGUAGCAACGUGUUGGAUGAAGAAAGCAUGUACGAAGCCUCGCUCAGAAUUGAGCCCAAAGUGCCCAACUGACAAGACGUCUUCUGUGAAACUCAAACAGUUGUAUAGACCAUCAUGUAUUCAUACGCAGUAUGUCUUAGGUUAUAUAUUAUUAUGUGUUAUUGUUCCUGUAACUUUUUAUUUCUAGAGGUUAGUAAAGCACACAACCAUUAUCACAUUAUAGAGAAGUUGCAGAUAUCAUGGUAUUUCCCUUUAUAACAGCAUUUUUUUCACUUCCCAGUACCAAAAAAAUGUAUAUUCUUUGAGAUCAAUAUAUAAUUAAAUGUUAUUUGGGGUCUCUUUACUGAUUCAGGUCACACAUAAAAUUCUGGUCCUCCCUUUGCUGCGAGUAAUUAUUUGAUGCAUUUCAUAACAAGUAGACAAGUAUUUUUACUGAACAUGAGAUGUUAUAUAUACACCAUGUAAUAAAGAACAUAGGUGAUAUUCUAAGCCAGAAAUAAACUAAUGUCAUAUUUAAGAAUAUAAAUAUAAAUAUAUACAAUACACAUAUGGGUAUGUAAUUAUUACAUAUUGCAAAUACCUGCAGCAUUUGCUACCACACUGUAUGGCAUGUGGCACAAUUAACACUUGGACCAUUUAGGCAUUAUUUGGUGACAAAGACAUCAAAAGAACAGUUUGCCAGUAAGAUUUAUGCUGUUGCAUACAAAAUGCCAUUAUAUAGACUUUACCUUGCAAUUCAGUGAAAUAGCACCUUUGAUGAGAAUAUAGGGCUCUAUGUUCAUGCCAACGUGAGCAUAAUUUGCUGGUUAAUGCUAGCAUGUUGCCAUUUAAAAAAAUAUAUAUUAAACUGUAAAAGAGUGAAAUUGUUUUUCACUGUUGGAGCUGGUUUGAAGCAUUUUACCUGGAUAAAACUCUCAUGUACAGGACUAAUUGUCCUGCAAUAUGUAACAAUUUGUUAUACACAUGUGGCAAAUAUCACUUUUUGCAAAGAAACUAAUUUUUCAACAUUAAAAAUGUGAUUGAUUGUAAUUCCUAUUAUACAUAAUUAAUUAUUAUACAUAAUGUAGUGACCCAUGAGUCUUUAGUUCCAUUGAUAAAAACACAAUAUAAGAAUUUGCCAUUUUUACUGUUUUGGAAUGCAAUAAUUAAACAUGGUUCAUAUACUCAGAAACUACACUGUAGGACUGAGUUUAAAAUUGUAAUACUCAAUUCACUGCACCCCUAAAAUCAAGGAUGGAAAUAGCCACAGUCAGCGGUUAAUUGUGUGUAUUAAUUUAUUAUUUCUUAAACAUCUGAAUCCAAAACUUAAUUAAUGAUCUUACUACAGUGUUUUAUUAAUUCCAAUAUUAGUUAGCAUAAUCAUUUGGAUUCAAAGAAUGGCCUUUUAGUUAAAGUAUUAGAAGUGUUCAAUUAAACAUUUAGUAUAUCCAGCUUUAUACUAAGCUUUUACUGGAAUGUGCCAUUACUUCAGCAGAGCCUUUUAUGUAGCCUAUUUAUUAUACAAUUAUUAUGCUGUACAAUUGAUCUUAUUUGAUCAAUUAUUUGAUCAAAUUGCAAGCAUGGUCCUUUUUAAUUAUCUUGUCAGAAGUCUGUUUUAAACAUGUCUAACACCAAAACUUAUAUAAUUUGAGAAAUCUAAACAAUUAAUCAUAACAAAUUAUGCACUCAUUAUACUAUCCUUUAAAGGACUUACUUGAUAUUUUAGAGAUAACACAACAACAAUGUUUAUUAUAUAAAACACAAAGAAAACUACAAGAUACACAGAAAGUAACAAUAUAGUAGACUUAAAAAAAUCAAAGGAAUGAAUGGAUGGACCCAUGUCGCUAGCAUAGGCUGCAGAUGGAAUUGCAUUCUCCCUUGAGAGUAGAUGAAAAAUUCUUUCCUGUAAGAUCGUCUCCUAGUUACAUUGUAUUUUGCUUAUCCUAUUUAUACCCCCAAAUUUCUUUGAACUGUAUUAUAUUUACAUUCAAUGACCAA